CAGGGGGUCAGGUGGGCGGGCGGGAGUCGCCCGUCCCCAGGAAAGGAGCGAACUGACAGAUGUGCGGUAGGAGGUCCCUGGUCGGCCUCACCUUCUGUACCUGCUACCUGGCUUCUUACCUCACGAACAAGUAUGUCCUGUCUGUCUUGAAAUUUACGUAUCCUACAUUAUUCCAAGGGUGGCAGACGUUCAUUGGUGGACUUUUGCUUCAUGUGUCAUGGAAGCUGGGCUGGGUGGAGAUCAACAGCAGUUCAAGAUCUAAUGUUUUGACAUGGCUUCCUGCUUCGGUGCUGUUUGUGGGUAUAAUCUAUGCUGGAUCCAGAGCCUUGUCCAGACUGGCCGUUCCUGUGUUUCUCACUUUGCAUAAUGUAGCUGAAGUUAUCAUCUGUGGGUACCAGAAGUGUUUUCGGAAAGAGAAAACAUCUCCUGUAAAGAUCUGUAGUGCCCUCUUCCUCCUGGCCGCUGCAGGGUGCCUUCCCUUCAAUGACGAAAAAGGAGCCCGGCAGAGGCACCUCUGUGGUCCUUUUCCAGGCAGAUUUUGUGCCAACUCCUGUAUGGCAGAACGCCAUACACCAGUGACACAUGUUGCUUCAUUUUCAGGGGCUUAUAAAAUACUACAGAAGUUCCAGAAACCCAGUGCGCUAAGUGACAUCGACCAGCAGUAUUUAAACUACAUAUUCAGUGUGGUGCUCCUGGCAUUUGCAUCUCAUCCCACAGGUGAUCUCUUCAGCGUCCUGGACUUCCCGUUCUUGUAUUUCUACAGAUUCCAUGGCAGCUGCUGUGCCAGUGGAUUUUUAGGAUUCUUUCUCAUGUUCAGUACAGUGAAGCUAAAAAGCCUUCUGGCCCCAGGACAGUGUGCAGCCUGGAUUUUCGUUGCUAAGGUAAUCACAGCUGGCUUAUCAACACUGCUGUUCGAUGCGAUCCUGACCAAUGCAACUUUGGGAUGCCUCCUGCUUGGUGGACUUGGAGAGGCCUUGCUGGUUUUCUCAGAGCAGAGGGGCUCCUGAAGAAGACAGUCAGGAAAAGGAGACCCCCAGCCCUGGUUGACACUGGGGAUCAAAGCUCUGGCCUCAUGGCUCCUUUUUGAGUGUCUCAGAAAGAGGAACACAGGACAGUGAUGCCAGGUGGGCAGCACCAUCAACUUGUUCCUGCCCUGACUCAGCCGAAUGCACUGGUGAUAAUGAGGAGAGCACUUCCUAGAGUCGGGGUCAUGCCUUCCCAUUCCGACACCCUUCCUCAACCAUCUUGUGGGCGUGGCUCUGCUCACCUGGACUGGACCUGCAGGCCUCUGGAUACCAGGCGCCCUCCACCACUUAACACUGCUGUUAAGUGGCCCUGAAGUGUUUUGUUGUAUUUUUCUUUUCAUUAAAAAAUUGUUUUUUACUAUUA